CACAACCUCUAAUUUAAAACCUCUCUCGUCUCUUUCGUGUCUCUUCUUGUUCUAUUCCAAAACCAACAAAAAUCAAGCACAACUACUAAUGGGAGGAAACAUACCACACAGUAGCAAGAGGUUCUCUCUCUUCAGCUUCUUUAAGCCACGAAAAUCUCACAGAGUGGAAGCAGACGCCUCUUGGGACGACAGCGUUUACACUCGCAAAGCAUUGGCUAGUGACGAAGACAGACGUUAUUGCGUGGCUGAGCCAGGUAUCGACCGUAAGGCUUCUGCCUUUAUCGCCAAGUUCCAUGCAACUCGUGUCUCUGAGUCUGAGCGCCAAACUAUCUCUCCUUACCAAUCCGAGAAGGCAUGAUGAAUAAUUUGAUUAUAUGUAAAUUGAUUUUUAUUUAUUUGAUGUGUCUUUAUGGGAGUUUAUUGAUUGUGUCGUAAUUGUUGUUAAUAAUCGA